UUGUGUGCGUUUGUCUUCGAAAGUAAGUUUUAAGGGGGCUUUUAGAACCUGCAGAGUUUACAGUGAGUUCAUACUAGUGUUAAAGUCAUUCAUUCACCAGCCCUACUGAUUGGUCAAACGAUAACCCGAAAGUCUCCCCGUGAUGUCACGAGCCCGUAGCUGGUGAAAUCAGACACCACCGGCUGGUAGGAGUUGUGUCGGGGUGAACCCGGAUCCCCUCGCGUCGGGGCAAGUCGAGGCACAGAGCAGCAACCAGCGCCCGGGGGCUGAAGACGCGCAGAGCUGGAUCCGCUGUCGUUUGGAGUCCACUCGGCGAGGAGGGAAGCAGUCGAGCUCUGACCCCCUACAUUCGAGUUAUCCAUCCCGCAGUCCGACCAGCCGCUUCUUCCGAAGCCCAUACUUUCCCAUGCCGCAGUCGCGCGUCUCCACUUUGGAUAGAAGCGGUCCGGUCACUGCGCGCCGCGGUGCGCAAAGGAUCUGAGAAGAGUGGGAGACGUGCGAGACAAUGAGGAGAUUCUGAGGUGGCAGAAGUCCCCCGUUCCCUCUGCGCGUCCUUUUUGGCUGUUACCAACGGGUUGGCCCAUGAGCUGGUAUCCUCUUCGGUGUGAUUCUGUUUUCACCCAGAUCUCUGCUGCCUGGACAAAUGCAUACAAAUGCAUUUAGGAGCUCAACGGAGAAGGAGUGGACGCGUUUCCGCGGCAGCAACGUGGAACUUCAUCCUGCUCCUGUCAGUAUGCUCAGCAGUACUCUCUGGAGAAGAAGACUACCUUGCUCAAGGUGUGGAUAUCCUUUAUCGACUGGGCCUUUCAGCUCGAGGCAGCACGGACAAGAGGACAAGCCCGCCUUCGAUCACUUACACCGCUGCUCCCUCGCCCUUCAAUCUUCCUGUCCCUGGACAUGGGGUAGCGUUGGACUCGAACCUCCUCUAUGAGGCUCCAGCAGGCGGCCUUUUUCCACCUGAGAUAGGCGAGGAGUUCUCCGUGGUGGUCAGCCUCAGCUCCUGGCGAGCGAACAACGCCUUUCUUUUUAGCGUCCGGGACGGCAGGGACCGGCUGCGUUUCGGCAUUCAGCUGCUGCCCCGCAGGGUGGUGGUUUACACCGCCGAGACGGCCUCCGUCCACUUCACCUACAACUGGCAGGAUGGGCGCCAGCACCCCUUCGCCGUCGGCGUCGGAGCGCACUCGGUGUCCUUCUACGCCGAGUGCGGCGCGGUGCAGCAGCGGGAGCAGACCCUGAGGAGAUCUCACGCUCUGGCAGACUCCGGGGGUCUCUUCACUCUGGGUCGGAUGAACUCUAAAGCGGCGGCGUUCAGCGGCCGGGUCUGCCAGCUAGACAUCCACCCGUCGGCCCGAGUGGCGGCGCGCUACUGCGACCACCUUAAAGCACGGUGUCGGCUGGCCGACACCAGCCGGUGGCCUUUGCCGCCGCCGAGUUUGGAAGCGGAGGCAGGCGAGCCUCCGUCGAACCCUUCGACAAAGCCCCCCGGUGGAGUAGCAGCCACCGAUGGCACGCCGACGCGGAGCCCAGCGGUAACGAAGCAGGGGACAGACGGCGAUGACUCUGAAGACGGCGCCGAGGAAGGGACCAGCUCCGGGAGCCCGGAGUCUCCGGGUGCCACCGCCGGACUGAUUUCCCGAGACAAGCAAAGUCGGCGGGCGGAGGAAGCGCCGAGGGACGGCGCCUCCAGCGACUCUCGCGCCGGGCCUCAAAGGGAGACUCACCCGAGAGCCAACGGCACCACUUUGUACCGAGAGAAUCCGGUGGACACCUCCGGACAACAUGACGCGGGUGGCAGCUAUGAGGACUUGGACAUGGGAGGAUACGAUUAUGGGUACGAAGACGCCGACUAUUUCUACAACUACGACGGCGGUUUGCGCGGCCCCAAAGGAGAGCCAGGUUUUCCGGGUCCCGUUGGUCCGCCUGGUUUACCUGGUCCUCCAGGAAGAAGAGGUUCUCGGGGUCCCACCGGUCCACACGGAAGCCCAGGACAGCCCGGACCACCUGGGCCCAAGGGCUCCAAGGGAGACCCAGGGCUGUCUCCAGGCCAAGCUCCACCAGGAGAGAAGGGUGAAAGGGGUUCACCAGGGCUGCCCGGGCCUGAUGGAUUUCCAGGUCCAACGGGUCUUAAAGGUUAUCCGGGGACAGCAGGACUGGCAGGAGAACAAGGCAUUCCAGGACCUGCAGGAGAAGCCGGUGCUGCAGGUUACCCUGGCAGGCAGGGCUUAGCCGGGCCACAGGGUAACCCAGGGCCUAAAGGCAUCAGUGGUUUCAUUGGGCCUCCUGGCGCUGCUGGGCCGCUGGGACCAGAGGGGGAGCGAGGCCUUCGUGGACCUGUUGGAAAACCGGGCACCAAAGGAAGACACGGAGUGAUGGGCGAUGUGGGGGAGAGGGGGCCUCCUGGUCCUGAUGGCGAUGAGGGACCCGUUGGUGGGAUUGGCAUUAGUGGCUUUCCUGGUCUGAGGGGGAGCCCGGGACCUGUGGGACUGCGAGGGGUGCCUGGUUUGGCGGGGCCUCAGGGCCCAGCAGGACCAGCCGGCCUGCCUGGAUUGAAAGGUGAUAAGGAGGAAGUGGGACAAAUGGGCGAACCUGGAGAGAUGGGUUUCCAAGGUGAUAAGGGUGUGGUUGGUGCACCUGGUCCCACUGGGCCAAGAGGGAAACCUGGACCACCGGGCAGAACCGGUGAUGUGGGGCCGCAGGGACCACGUGGGCCUCCUGGACCACAGGGGUUUCCCGGGGACAUUGGAGCACCAGGGCCCAACGGUCCACCUGGGCCGAAGGGUUUGCAGGGCGCCAGGGGGCCCCAAGGCGCACAAGGACCACAGGGAACACAGGGUGAUGAAGGACCUCUGGGACCACCUGGCAGCGCCGGCCCCACUGGGAGACCCGGAAGGAAAGGCUACAUAGGCGAACCCGGCCCGGACGGUUUAGAGGGAGAGAAAGGGGACGUGGGAAAUGUUGGGAAAAUAGGACCACAAGGUUCACUAGGCAUCAUAGGGAUUGCUGGGGUGACGGGAGUUCCUGGUGAAAAGGGCGACCGAGGACCAGCGGGUCCAACGGGUCCGUUUGGGGAGAAGGGGCCACUGGGCUAUUCAGGGACACCAGGAAGUCCAGGGGACAUCGGCCCGCAAGGUGCAAUAGGGCUGCAGGGGCCGAGGGGGACUCCAGGCAUCGCUGGGCCAAAGGGCAGGAGGGGGCCCCAGGGUUCAGAAGGCCCGAUCGGUGAACCGGGCCCUCAGGGCACCAAGGGUGAAAGGGGUGACAAUGGACAAAAAGGAGAGCCGGGAUUCAUAGGCAAGGCAGGCAGUCCAGGAGCGAGAGGCCCUCCAGGGAAGAAUGGUAAACCGGGUAUUCCAGGCAUCACCGGGGAGAAGGGACCCCACGGUGAGCCAGGACCCAAGGGACCUUCGGGAGAAGCUGGACCUGAUGGAGAUCAAGGACCCGAAGGUGGGCCUGGUUCUGAAGGGGAGCUGGGUGCCGUCGGAGAGCCCGGGUCAAAAGGUGAUAUCGGGCUUCCAGGAGCUGAAGGGGAGCAGGGACAGGAGGGAACGAGUGGUCUUCCUGGUCCCCCUGGUGAAGAUGGCCCUCAAGGAAAAGAUGGAGCCAAGGGAGAGGCUGGGGAGCGCGGGGCAAUCGGAGAGCGCGGGGACAAAGGGGUGGAAGGAGACCCCGGGCCCCUCGGACCACCCGGUGGGCCUGGAAAACAGGGCUUUCGUGGGCCAGAAGGAAAACCAGGACCACAAGGGAACAGAGGGCGGCAUGGAAAGAAGGGGGAGAGGGGUCCCGCGGGGCUUGUCGGUGAGAUGGGCCCGCGGGGAGACAUCGCUCAGCCAGGCGAGCCGGGCCUCAAAGGUGCCAGGGGAACUCGAGGCACCCCAGGUCGGCCCGGAGUCAUGGGGACACAGGGGCAGCCGGGGCUAGCAGGAUACGCCGGUCACUCUGGCAAGCCUGGGCCCAUUGGACCACCAGGACCUAAAGGUGAAAAGGGGUAUCCAGGCGAGGACAAUAAGACCCCAGGACUCCCAGGGCCCUUAGGUGAACCAGGGCCCCCGGGGGAACGAGGAGAGCGCGGAGAGCCAGGCGAUGAAGGAUAUCAGGGCCUUGUUGGAACUCCUGGACCUCGAGGAGCUGUUGGACCACAAGGGCCACCGGGAUCGCCAGGCAUCCCCGGAGAAUCGGGGCUAAAAGGAGACAUUGGAGCUCCGGGCUCCAGAGGAAAUAAGGGAGCAAGCGGGCUGAGUGGAGCUCCUGGCAUUGAAGGGCUCAUGGGUUUACCUGGACCCGUGGGCAUGAGAGGUUACCCCGGGCCGGACGGUCCUCCAGGACUUACUGGCGUACCGGGACCUCCGGGACAACGUGGACGGCCGGGUCAGAGAGGCUUGGUGGGACAGGAGGGCUCCGCUGGACGUCCAGGUCCCAGGGGAGAGAUUGGACUUCCUGGACCGCCUGGAGAAAGAGGACGGCCCGGCCUGGAGGGAGACCGGGGACUCCCGGGGGACAGGGGAGCCUCGGGAAUCAAAGGCAAGGAGGGAGCUGCCGGUGACCAGGGCCGCUUUGGUGACCCGGGACCCAAAGGACAACCAGGGGAACCUGGAAAUCGGGGAAUGGUUGGUCUUCAGGGCUUUCCGGGGCCAACGGGCCCGAAUGGUGAUAUUGGAUUGAGAGGCUUCCCUGGCCCUAAAGGCCCGGUGGGGACUCAGGGCUUCCCUGGUCCUGUGGGCCCUGGUGGAGUAAUGGGCCCAAUAGGAAAACCCGGUCCGAGGGGCCUGAAGGGAAGCGGUGGCGAAAUGGGGCCUCAGGGACCACAGGGAAGUCCAGGACCUAGCGGACCUCCUGGUGCACCAGGUCCAUCAAGGCAGAUUUAUGUUGACUCGGCAGUCUUUGGUCGAUCUGACUCCAACGCUGCCCUCUGGACAGAGAGUUUCCAGAAUACGCAGAUGAGUUCCCCAGACUACAAUACGGAGAUACUCACCAGCCUCCGUUACCUAAGCAGUGUCAUCGAGAGCAUCAAAAAGCCUCUGGGCACAAAGGAGAACCCGGCUCGUGUCUGUAGAGAUCUGCUCCACUGUCAUCAAAAGCUCAGAGAUGGUUGGUUUUGGAUUGAUCCAAACUUGGGCUGUACCUCUGAUGCUUUCAAGGUAUUCUGCAACUUCACCGCAGGAGGGCACUCCUGUUUACACCCCGUGGCCCCUAAUAAGAUGGAGUUUGAUGUAGGGAAAGUGCAAAUGAAGUUUCUCCAUUUACUGAGUUCUGAGGCCAGUCACAGCAUCACACUCCACUGCCUGAGUGAUCCUCCGCACAGCACCGACGGCUCCUCGCCGCAGCAGAACGCCACACUUCGGUUUCGUGGCUGGAACAAACAGAUCUUUGAGAAAGACACACUACUUGAACCACACGUGCUACAAGACGAGUGCAAGAUCCAAGAUGGCGGCUGGCACCAGUCCCGUUUCUUCUUCCAUACUCAGGACAGUCGUCAGCUACCUAUCGUAGACGUACAGGGGUUUCCCGCAUCGCAGCCCAAGAGUCGGCGGCAUUUAGAAAUCAGCCCCGUGUGCUUCCUCUGACGCCAACAUCGCCGCCCCGUUACAGGAACUACUGAAAGGCGAGUCUGUUCCAAAAUACGGCUGCCUACCAAAGAGAUUGUGACGUCUGCGAGAGACUGUUGCCUCGGUAAAAAAACAGGACCUUUCAGAGCAACAAGUGUCCCAUUUCAAAUCCAAGGCAGACCUACAUGCAAGAACUCAAUCUCUGUGGAAGAUUCAGGCAAAGAAGCCCAACGGAUUGAAGUGGAUAUCAAUAUUUAUCAAAAACUGUAUAACGUUUGUUUCGUUGAUCAUUUUUAACGGCGCUUAGGUUGACUGUAUAUGGACACGUGUCACUCCCUGAUCCCUGGGUAGGGGUGUCCCUUACCGGCAGCCUAUGCAAACUCUAAAACUCACCCUCCUUCUCACCCCUCAUACACACACACACACACAGACACACACACACAGACUAUCCUAGGCAGAGGCCUAACUAGAAGGAGCGCGCCAAGCCUCUACGUAGGAGCAGUGUCCAGCUAGCGUAUUUAUGAGUGCAAUAGCAUGCGGACAAUGUGCGACUGCUUUAAAUAUUUCCAUUUCCAAUCAAAAAGGGUUUGUUUUACAUUGUUUCCAUGCUAUUUUUGUCCACAGUCGUGCCCAGUGGGACCUGUACAUCUUGACAGAUGGUGCUCUACCUCUACCUGCUCAUUUGCUUUCCAGAAUAGUUGCCAAUUUCAAGUUAGUCUCUUCUUUUUUUUUUGUUUUUUGUAUGUACCGGUUACAUCAAGAAUUGUUAUGUUGUCCAAGUGCCUAUGUUGAUUUGGUCAUUUCUAAUUUAUGAACCAUUAUUGAUACACUACAUAUUUUUAUAGCUGAUGUGGUAGGCUCUUCAAGGGAAACCUGUCAUUGGUGCUGCAAAAUAGAAUGAGUCAUCAGUGAGUUUUUACAUUUCCUGUGUAUAUACUGACAGUAUGUUUAUUUAUAUCAUUUUUUUUUUUUUUUCACUUUACUGAAACACAGUAAGUUAUACUCUCAGAGAACAAUUUGGUCGACCACAGCUCAGUCCAAAGAAGUAUUUAUGUCAAAAGGUGUGUUUGUGUGCUCACACCUGUGAAUGCAUGUUUAUCAUACUGUUAGUUUAGUUCAUUCAGUGGUGGUUAGGUGGACUGGAAGCUACACAAGGCCAGAGUCAGAAAACACAGAAAACAGUCAUAUCCUUAAGUUAUAUUACUUUGAACAAAGUGUAAUUACACACGUCUGUGCAGGAAAAAUGCGGAUUGAAUUGUGUAAAUAGUAAUAAUACGUUGACAAACAAAUAAAUGGAGCAAUUUAUCCAAA